AUGAGUUUAAUUUCUUAUAUCUGUUAUUUCUUAUUACUUGAAAUUGGAAUAGGGGAUGGACUUGAUUUAACCUGUACCUAAGUGUAUUUGUAGCCUGGGGAACCAUUCAUAGCUUAAUCUAAAUAAUCGAUUUUAAUUGAAUAAGAAAAUAAUCAUUAUGAAUUUAGAGAAAAUUAUCAUUAAACAUCAAUAACAGUAGAGUUACAAAUAUAAUAUGAAUUUGAAGGAAUUUUAUUAUCAUCUAUUAUAAUAGAUAAGGUUGAUGACAUAUAUUUAAAGGAUAUUUGUAAUUUACAUUUUGAUGGAUUCUAUUUUAUUUAAUGUAUUUAAGGGCUUUAUUUAUCAAAUUUGAAACUAUUUAAUAAAUCUAACUACUAAAAAAGCAAAUUUAUUGUGCCAACUUAAACUAAUGAAUAAUGCAAUUAACUAUAUAAAGAUAGUAAUAAUAUUAUGGUAGUGCAUUGUUUUUCAGAUUCACACUUUAUUCUAUAUUUCUUAAAUCCAAUUAAGCAUUUAUUUUCAAAUAUUAAAUUUCAAUAUUUUCCUUAAUUAAGCUAUUGUAAUAGAAUGUUCAAAUAAUUUUAAUUUGAUCAUUAUUUACAUAUUAUAUAUUAAUGCUCAUAGUGGAGUAUUUAGGUAUUAAAAAAUGGUUUAGAAUUAGAAGUUAUAAAUUAGGAGAGUAUGUAAAAAAAUUUCAAUUUUUAAUUGUAAAAAGAAUUAGAAAAUUUAGAGGUUUGUUAUCCAUUAUUAUACCUAAUUGAUGGUACUGAAUAUGUUAUUCUUCGAUUUGUUAAAGAUAAUUUUUAGCUAUUGAAAAAUAGUGAUGAAGAAAUAGGGUUGAUUAAAAAAUUGAUAUUAGAUAUGAAUUGCAAUAUAAAAUUCAUUUUAACUUAGAAUUUUAAUGAUGAAUAAAAACUCUAUUUGUAAACUGCUAAUUAUUUAAAAUUAAUUAAUUAUAAUUUAUCUACAACAAGAAUUGAAUAUUUUAAUAAAUUUUUAUUUCUAUUAGAAAAAAAUUUCUUAGAAGUACAUUUAAAUUGUUUUGAAAAAGAAAAGUAUAACAUUAACUCUGAGUUUAUUUAUUUUCCACCUAAUCAAAAUUAUUUUUAUUAAUUUGAUUCAAUUUAAGAGAUUUUAACUCUCUAUUUAUUCUCACUUAAGAAUUGGAUCUAAAAUCCAAAAAAGUAAUUCAUUUUAUCAAUUUCAACAGAAUUUUAUGAAUGUUGUAAUGAAAAUGAAAUAUAAUGUUUUCAAAUAAAUUUAGAAAAUAAUAUAUAAACAUAUUCUCCUGCAGUAAAUAACUUGAUUAAAUUAGAAAUCGGAUGUGAUAAUAUUGGAACUAGUUUAUUAAAUAAAGAUUAAUUUAAUUUAAGAUUCCCUUAUAAAAUAAAUGAUAUUUUUUCAAAUCAAAUUCGAAUUAUUUGCAAUAUUAUAAAAAAUGAAAUAAUUCUAAAUAAUUGUACAAAUCUUAAUUAUAAAAACAAAGACAUUAUAAUAUUAUAAUAUAGUAUUGGUGUAGAUUAUGAAAAUAUAGUUUUUAUGUAGAAUAAUACUAUUUAUUUUUUAAAUUGUAGAUAAAAUCAGUCAAUCUCCUAAAUUGAUCUCGGUAAUAAAUCAGUACUUUAUUAUCGAAAUAGUUUUCUAGCAAUAAACUAACAAUAGUAAUAACUUGAAAUUUUUGGUUUUUCUAAUAAUUCAACUUUCUAAUUUAUUAAUAUUACUCUCAAAAAUUAAAUUGAUUAUGUUAUUUAAAAUUAGGAAAAAGCUCUCAUUUUUUUUAAAGGCAAUCUUUAUGAGUAACCUCUACCUAUGAUAGUUUUGAUUAAUUAAAUUCAAUAUCCUACUAAUAGAUACUUAGAUGAAAAACUAUUCUUUAAUGAAUAGGUUUACUACUUUUUUUAUAUUUAAAAUCUUUUACUUAUUUAAUAUAAAGAUUUCUUUGUUGUUAAAUAUUUUGAUAAUUACUAUAAAAUUUAUAUUGAAAAUAUAUAGAUUGUGGCAGUCAGUGUUAGAGUAAGAUUUGAACUAAAAAUUAUUGCAAUACAAGACUCAACUAAUAAAUUAUUGCAAUAUUGCUUAUAAUUUUCAAGUUUAAAAUUAGUAAAUAGUUACUCAAUGUAUGACUACAAAAUAAUUUAACCUGUCAAGUACUAAAUCUCUCAGAAUUACUUAAGUAUUUUAACAACAUAGAAUAAUAAUAAAUAUCUUAUGAUCUUUUAAUUUGAGUAUAUCCCAGAUGUUAAAUUGGAAUAAAUUAUUAAAAUAAGCAAAGAUCAAUAUUUUUUUAUUUCGGCAUAAAUAUUUUACUACGAUGCACAAGGGGAUUUUUAAACUAUUAAUCUUCAAACUUUUAAGAUAUCAUGUUAAUUAAACUAAUAAAAUUAUUCAGAAAUGUAGUAAUAUAAUAUAAUCAAUUUAGAAUUAAUAUCAUAAAUAGAUGAUUCUAAAAUUGGACAGACAAAUUUAUAGAUUUUAACUAUAAAUUAAUGUUAAGACUUAAAACCUAAAUAACCAAAAAUAAUUGUAAAACAUAAUUCAAAUAGCACUUAAAUUAUUUAUCUUGCUGACUACUUUUAUGGGGAUGUGGAUAAAUUAUAUCUUAAUAAGCAAUGCAAUGCUAAAUUGUCAGGACCAUUUAUAAUAAAGGAUUAGAUUGAAUAAUGCAAAAGUUAAAGCUAAAAUUCAGAAAUUUGUUUAAUUUAUGAUAAAGUUUAAUUAGAUUCUAAUAAACCCUCCUAAAACAUUAAUGUUCCAGUAUUUUAUUUUGGAUCCAAAUAGGUUAAAUUAUAAUCGAAUAUCAUCAUAAUUCAGACUAAUUAGUCAAAUAAUAUUAUAAUUUUUCCUUUAAACUAUUUCUUAAUUGA